AUGAUAGUUGAUGGAAAUAUAGAUGGGAACAAUUUAUUAGCUGCUAAUCAAAAUUCUUAAUUAAAAUCAACAUCAAAGGAUAUGUUUGCAGUGUAAGUUGAAAGAGCAACAAGAAUAUCAUUAGUUUCAGAAAAAAUAGCAAAUGAAAUGGUUGUCUAUAAAGUCCCAAGAUUUUCUGAAAAAUAUAGAAAUCACUAUAAUGAGAGAUAAGGAGGGGAUUCCACUCCAAUUACUACUCUAAUUAUACACUACACAGUUAUAAACUUUUAUAGAACACUAGAAGUGUUUACUAGUAAUAUAGAUGUUGGUGCUGUUAGUUCUACAUAUGUUAUCACCUAAAAAGAAGAAUAAUUUCAAAUUCCCAGUGGAUAAAUAAUUCAAAUCGUACCUGAAGAAAAGAGAGCAUGGCAUGCUGGAAUUAGCAAAUGGUAAAAUAUGUCUAAUUUAAAUGAAAAUUCUAUUGGGAUAGAGCUUGUGAAUGAAGGAGUGAAUAAAUAAAAUUAAUUUGUUCCAUUUGAUAAUUAGCAAAUUAUUGCCUUAGCAUAGCUAUGCAGAAUUAUAAUACAAAAAUUCAAUAUAUCUCCAGUUUGUAUUCUUGGGCAUUCAGAUAUUGCUCCAAAUAGAAAAAUUGAUCCAGGUGUUUUUUUUCCUUGGGGUAAACUCUAUAAUAUUUAUGGAAUUGGGGCUUGGUUGAAAGAUGAAGAAUAAACUAUUGAUGGGAUUAAGAAAUAUGAUCCUGAAGAGCCAUUGCCAGAAAAAGUAAGUAUAUCAUUUCUAUCUCGACAUUUCAAAAAAUAUGGAUACGAUAUUCAGGAAACUAAUGUUAUCACUAAUUAAUUUUCAGAUGUAUUAAAAGCAUUUAAGGCUCACUUCUCGUGCAAUUAAAAUCCUGAAAAGUAUAAUGAUACACCUGAUAUGAAUGAUAUGAUUUGGAUAUGGGGAUUAACAGCCAAAUACAGAGAUUACUUAUAAAAUUGA